GUCUGUGCAUGAGAGGGAGAGGAGGGAAACAGAAGGAAGUCGCUUGGCCUCAACAAGCUGUUCUGAUCCAAAGCCUUUUUCCUCUAAACCGGCUGAGAACUUCGCUCUACGAGGAGACCGCCGGACUCAGAGAGAACGCCGCCUGCCCUCGGAGGCCAGAUGCUAAGCGGCCACAGCUGCUCUGAAGCCCCUCCAUGAAUCCCCGGAAGAAGGUGGACCUGAAGCUCAUCAUCAUCGGAGCCCUGGGUGUAGGAAAGACUUCCCUCCUCCACCAAUAUGUGCACAAGACGUUUUACGAGGACUACCAGACCACACUGGGGGCCAGCAUCCUCUCCAAGAUUAUCAUCCUGGACGACACAACUUUGAAGCUACAGAUCUGGGACACGGGCGGACAGGAGCGGUUUCGCUCCAUGGUGUCCACAUUCUACAAAGGCUCCGAUGGCUGCAUCCUGGCUUUCGAUGUCACCGACCUAGAGUCCUUUGAAGCGCUGGAUACCUGGCGGGGUGAUGUUCUGGCCAAAACUAUUCCAAUGGAGCCAUCCUACCCCAUGGUGGUGCUGGGAAACAAGAUUGAUCUCGCAGACCGGCAGGUGCCCCCGGAGGUAGCCCAAGGCUGGUGUAAAGAGAAGGAUAUUCCCUACUUUGAAGUCAGUGCCAAGAAUAACAUCAAUGUGGUACAAGCCUUCGAGAUGCUGGCCAGUCGGGCUCUGUCCAGGUAUCGAAGCAUCUUAGAGAAUUACCUCACAGACUCCAUCAAGCUCUCACCAGAAGACCAGUCCAGGAGUAGAUGUUGCUGA